AUGCCCCCCUUGGACAUGUCUGCGUACCAUCCGGAAUCCAUGAAAGCCUGGCUCUACUCCAGCACAGCUCACGGCCUCGAAAAGAACCUGCACCUAGACGUGCGCGCCCGCGCACCCCCGACCCCACAAGGCAACGAGGUCCUGGUGCGAGUGCUCUCCGCAGCCCUGAACCCUGUGGACUACAAGCUGCCCGAAAUAGGCCUGCCGGCACGAAUGGUCAUCGGCAUGCCCGCGACCCCAGGCAUGGACUUUUGUGGCCGCGUCGCGGCGACGGUGGGCCAACUGGUCUUCGGAUGUCCGGCGCGGCCGAUGCAGUUCGGGUCGCUGGCGGAGUAUCUCAGUAUUCCGGCGGACAAGAUUGCGCUGGUGCCGGAUGGUGCAGCGGUGGAUCAUGCGGCUGGUGUUCCGGUUGCGGGUCAGACGGCGUAUCAGAGCCUGAAGGGGCAUGUGAAGGCGGGAGACAAGGUGUUUAUUAAUGGGGGCUCUGGGGGCUGUGGGGUUUUGGCAAUUCAGAUCGCGAAGCAGAUGGGGUGCCAUGUUACGACGACGUGCUCGACGCGGAAUAUGGAGCUGUGUUUCCGUUUGGGUGCGGAUGAGGUGAUUGAUUAUACGGCGGAGACGGAUCUGGUGGCGACGUUGGUGCAGCGGAAGGUGGUUUUCGACUGUAUACUUGAUCAUAUUGGCUUGCCUUUGGCGCUGUACUACCAGUGCCAUCAUUUUCUGAAGGAAGAGGGGGCGUUUGUGCAGGUUGGGGCGUCGGAUGUGAUGACCUUUGUCGGACGUGUCGGGUGGCCUUCUUUUCUUGGUGGUGGGCGGAGGAAAUAUGUGGUUGUGAUGGUGAAGAAUAAUCAGAGGCAGCUUGUGCAGCUUGGGGAGUGGUUGGCGACGGGCGCGAUUCAGAUGCAGCUGGAUAGCGUGUAUGAAUUCCGUGAUGCAGGGAAAGCCUUUGAGAAGCUUCGGUCGGGGCGUGCGAGGGGGAAGAUCGUGGUGCAUGUCAGCGAUCCGAAUGAGCAGAGCAUGGAAUCAUUAGGAAUCGGGCUUUGA